AUGGUAGGUGAACAAUUAGCAAAUGAGUUGCCAAUAGGUAUUGAAAGAAGAAAAUCUGCUAAAUCAGAUACAGUUAAUAGCAGGACUAUUAGUAAAGCGCGGUCUUACACUCGGUCUGAAGACCAGACGGAACGGACUAUGAGUGAUCGCAGAAAUAAUGCCGAGCUUGAUAGAUCAUGUCGCAGCUUCGACAACGAAUCGUUAGCUUCAAGUAGCAGUGAAGAGGAGGACAGUGAGGAAGUGAAGAGUUAUAAUGAGGAAGAAGACGAAUUUCCAGAAGGUGGUCUUGAAGCUUGGCUCGUCACAUUGGGAUGCUUCUGUGGUUUAAUUCCUGUUUUCGGUGUUGAUAACAUCACUAGUGUUUUCGAAGAGUACUUAGAAGAGCAUCAACUUUCUGGGUUUAGUCCCUCUUCUAUUGGUUGGAUUUUUUCUAUAUUCAAUUUUGUUUGUUUUGCCUCCGGUAUUUUCAGUGGUACCUAUUUCGAUAGAAAUGGAUUUAAGAAAAUUGUUGGUUUAGGUGCCAUUAUUCAUGCUGCUGGUUUAUUUGCAAUGGCUAAUUCAACCAAAUACUGGCAUUUCAUUUUAUCAUAUUCAAUUGUUUGUGCAUUUGGAAAUGGUAUUGCAUUAAGUCCUUUAGUCAGUUGCCCUGCUCACUAUUUCAAAGAGAGACGAGGCCUAGCAACUGCUUGUGCUACCAUCGGGGGUAGUAUCGGUGGUGGUAUCUUGCCUUUAAUCCUUAGAAAAAUGUUUAGCAUGACUUCGAAGAGUAACCCUUACUAUGGAUUCGUUUGGGGUAUCAGAACUUUAGCUUUCAUUAAUUUAUUUCUUUUAUCUAUGGCUGUUGUUCUAGGUAAAGAAAGAUUACCACACACAAAAGAUGGUCCAGUUGAGCCUACUAUCAAGCAAAGAAUGAAACAUAUUUAUGAUGUUUAUCUCAUUGGCAGUUUUGAUGCGAAGGGUCUUUUAGAUCCUGUCUUUUUCUUUUGCGUAGCAGCUGCCGUUCUUAGUGAAGUCUCCUUGUCUUCUGUUACGACAUAUUUCAGUUCAUAUGCAAGAACUCGUGGUGUGAGUCAAGAAGAUUCUUAUAAUUUAAUUAUGGUUUUGAAUUUUUGUGGUAUUCCAGGCCGGUGGAUUCCCGGUAGAUUGAGCGAUUCCUUCGGUAGAUUCAAUGUGGCAAUUGUAACUAUCGUUAUGCUUUCAAUCUUAAUGCUUGUCAGUUGGCUACCCUUUGGUAACGACUUAACAAGUUUGUAUGUCAUUGCUGCAUUAUACGGUUUCUUUUCGGGAAGUAUCUUCUCUUUAAUUCCUGUUUGUAUUGGUCAAGUUUCCAAAACUUCAGAAUUUGGUAAACGUUACUCUACAGGUUAUUUUAUUGUUGCCCUGACUACCUUAUAUGCCGUUCCAAUUGCUGGUGCAAUUAUUGGCGGUGGUUCCCAUCAAGAGUACCAACAUUAUAUCGUCUACUGUGCUGUGGCGUCCCUGGCUGGUGCAGCUUGUUAUGCCGUAUCUAGACAUUUAGUCGUUGGUUUUACAUGGAAGUACUUCUAA